UUUCUCGCUGGCACAUUGCGGCCUAAAGUUGUCGUACCACAGCUAACUGAAAAAAAUCUAUUGCUAGAGCGUCCCUUGGGGUCGCAUUGGCUGUUGCUCGUACGAACUGUUACAAGUAACAAGAAGGAUUCUCUUCUUGACGGGGACCACAAGGUCGAAGACUACUCGAUGUCCACGUCAGAAGAUGAUGAUCAUCGUGGGGCGCUGUUAAGAGUAUGA